AUGGCGGACCCAAAGAACUUGGCCUGCCAAUCCUGCGGCUUCGUCGGCCUAUCCAGCGACUCCGACGGCUAUUUCUGCUGCGAUCGCUGCGGCGCCCAAGCCGAAGACUUCAUCGAAACCGGCGUAGCAGACGAAGACUUCGUCGACAAAGGCUUCGGCGGCGGCGCCGUCUACUUCUGGAACUCUCUGAACCAAAACAUUGACAACGAAACCACACCCAUCAAAAAAGAGGAAGAGUUUUACGAAGCCGACGUUGAUGGGCCCACGGGUCCUGAGGAUUUCGGGGGUUCGGUGAAGGUGAAGCCUACCUUUGAAGACUAUUACCAUGAGAUUAGGAUUCGGUAUGUCUUGGGUUUCCAGUAUAUGAUACAGUUUCAGUGUGAGGCUUUGGUGAGAGAGUUCAAGGUGAGCCCUUUGAUUUGUGGGCUCGCUGGGACCAUUUGGAUGAGGUUUGUGGCUUGCUCUGCGGUUUCCGAUGAUGACUGGGCUGAUCAAACCAUUCAGAACUCUGAAAUGGAGCGAACAAGUGAAUCCAGCAUCACGUCAUUUAAAAUUAGUUUUGGUUAUGCUUUUGAUGGAAUGAUAUAG